UGUUAAUUUGCUCUGCUCUUGGGCUGUUCAUGUAAAAACCUUUUUAUAUUCUACCUCAUUUUUCUGUUCUCUUGAUUCUCUAUUAGUCUAUUACUAUUAUAAUUUUAUGUGAUCUUUUAGAUUGUUCUGUAAUGUUAUGCCACUGUUGUCUCUAUUUAAAACAAUGCUCUCAAAUCUGUUUUUAAAGCGAUAACUUUUCAUGUAGCCUAAUGUUAUAUUGUGUAUACAUGUUUAUCAAGUUAGUACUGACAAAAUAUAGACACCCUCCAAAAAAUUGUUUUAUGUUGAACUUUAUUCUUGCGCAUGCGCUGUAUUAAGCAGUACACAAAAAUGAAAAAUGUUUCUGUUGAUACAUGAAAAUAUCUGAAACGUCUGUGUAUUUGACACAUAUGUUAUAUGUGAUAAAGUUCUCAAAAACCGCUCAAGCGUCACUACGGGAAGCAGAAAGUGUCUGUUUUCAGCUCCUCCUCAUUGACCCUUAACUAACCAGCGAGUAAGUGAAAGUGAAGGUAAAACACAGAGAGGCGAGAAGAGAAAACUCACGGAAACAGUGAGUAACUUUCUUUGAUCUGGAAUAUGUUGAAAGCCAGAAAACCAAAGUGUGUGUUUAUCCUGCAGGAGUUAUUCUGAAUCAUUUCCAGCGAUGGGAAUCAAUCUAGAUGUGGCUUUCCAGCCGGCUCCUGAUGCGUGAAAAGAAAACAUUUCUCCCAGUCUUCACGUCACAGGAAACACACAGACACGUUUAAAGUAUGGAUUCAGUGGGAGUGAAUGUGAUUGAAAGAGCGGCUCUAGGGAGACCCUUCCAGCUGGGGAUGCUGUAUGACUGCAGGAGAGAUGCUCUAAUACCAGGAUUUACACUGUGGGAUCCAGAGAAGCUACAGCAGAGUCUACAAGUCCGUCCCAAAAUUAACACAGAUUUCAAAGUCACGGCUUCAGACUCCAUUCAGGACAAAUCAUCCUUACUGAAGAUUGAUGGCUCUCUGAAACUGAGUGUUUUAGGUGGACUCGUCAGUGUCAGUGGAGCAGCCAAAUAUCUCAACGACACCAAGAAAUCUUUCAGACAGCAGAGACUGACCCUACAUUAUCAUUCAACUAGCAGGUUUGAAGAACUGACCAUGAACCACGUGGUACCUGAAAAUAUAGUUCAUCGUGAGGUGUUUGAUAAUGACACAGCAACACACGUGGUGACAGCAGUGCUGUAUGGAGCAGACGCCUGCUUUGUGUUUGAUAGAGAGGUUUCAUCAGAUGAGGAAAUAAAGAUAGUUGAAGAAACAAAAGUGGCCCUUGGGGCAAUCAAAUUAAUUUCAUUAGAUGCAAACUUAAGUCUGAAGAUGAAUGACGCUCAGAAGAACGCAGUCCAAAAAUUCACAUGCACGUUUCAUGGCGACUUCCAGCUACCUUCUAACCCGACUUCUUUUGAAGAUGUGUUAAAGGUUUUCACUGAUCUUCCAAAACUGCUGGGAGAAAAGAAAGAGCUGGUGGUUCCUCUGAGAGUUUGGCUUUAUCCUCUGGACAAACUUUUCUCAAGAGCUUCAAAACUUCAGAAGGACAUCAGCAUGGAUCUUAUUGUGGCGAUUGAAUCAGUGAUUGAGUGUUUAAAUACAACUGAGAUGAAAUGCAAUGACCUUCUGAAGGAUUUGCCUGCCUUGACUUUUACUGCAUUUCAUGAUAAAAUACUGCAAAUGAAGCAAAACUGCUACAUGUACAAACUGAGACUUGUGGAAAAACUCGGUUCUCUGCUGCCAAACAUCCGUGGAGAUGUGAAGAAGGAAACUGACCUGAAUGAUCUUCUACAAGAACAUGAUGAAUCUCCAUUCAGCGAAAGAGAUCUUGCAGAAUGGCUGAAAGAGAGAGAAAGAGAGUCUGUGAUCAUUAAAUCAGUCCUCAGACAGCUGAAGGAUGCUGGUGCACAGGUAGAAGACAACAUAGAUCUGAUCUUGAUGGAUCUGGAGGUUGGGAAUCUGGUCUGUUACACGUUCACAUCAUUGAACUGGACAGAUGGUCUGCUUCUUCAACAAAAGGCCUAUCUGAAUCCUUUAACAAAAGGAAAAACUGAUCAGAACAGCCUUGAUUCAGAGCAAAAGUCUUGGCUCACUCCUGAGAUGCAGAAGAACAUGAGGAGCAACUUGAAGAUAUUUAAGAACUUGAUUGAUUCAGAAGACCGUAAACCAGCCAAGUUCAUUGUGUCCUCAAAGGAAAUGAAGAAUAAUCCAGGUUCCUGCAUUCUGCUGUAUGAAAGUGAAUGUGAUGAAGCUGUUUGCUUUAUUCCUCCAUCCAAACCAGCCUGUCCAAUCACUGAAGAGGUCAAAGAUAAUAGUGUGGUUCUGAAGGUUCCUCCAUCAUGUUCUUCUACAGUGGAGCUCAGAUUACUGUAUAAACGGAAGGAAGAGACAGUCUGGAGAUCUAAACCUGUGAUGAAGGAUGAAAACACAGUUACUCUGACUGAUCUGAGAGCAGGAACUGAGUAUGAGAUCAAAUGUGCAGCGCUGGGGAAACUCAACUACACCGUAUACAGUGACGUCAUCAGCGUCACCACAGAGGGAGGAAGUUUGAUUAUUGACAUUAACUUUAAAGGAGAUCGUCACUCGAUCCCCUCUUCUUGUUCAGAUGGUCGUUCGUCUCCAGGAGGUUCUGAAUCUUCUCAUAUUUUGAAACCAACUGCAAAGCUUCCAAAACAUGCAAGUCAAGAUUCUAGGCAGUUUACGCAAGAUUGGAUUACAUCACAUAACACUACAGCACUGGAUUCCCAGAAGUACAAAAGCAAUGUUUCAAUAAGUGACUCGGGCAGAGGAGACUCAGAAACAGAAGAGGCCUAUUCAGUACAAGAUGAAGAGAUAAAUUAUCCUGCAUGGAGACUGCAAACACACACUAAUCAAGACAAAAGACGUGAAGGUCAGCGAUCACUGGAGGCCAGUAAAGUGACCCCACCAGAAGCUGCUGCAAAGAGUCUGAAGACACAGAAACCCAGAAUGGAUUAUUUCCAGAGUCUCUCAAUGAACACAAAGAAGAUCGACUCCUCAGACAAGAGAAGAAGAUACUGUGGGCUGGAGAAUCAAGACUCCACCUGCUACUUGAAUGCAGUUCUUCAGACGCUCUUCAUGACGAAGGAGUUCAGGGAACAUGUCAACAGUUUGGACAGAGACGGUGUUUCAUCUGAUGGAAACUUCAUUGAAGAGCUGAAUAAAUUGUUCAAUAAAUUAGAAACACAAGAGAGAAAUGCAGUUUCAGCAUCUGGGGUCACCAGAAGCCUCGGCAUUACAGACGUUCAUAAACGAGACGCAGCAGAACUUCUACAUUUGAUCCUUACAAAGACUCCUGGAUCCUCUGAGCUCUUUAAGGGCACCAAGAAGACAUCAAGAACAUGCAGGUCAUGCAGAGACAAACCAGAUCAAAUCUCUGAGGAUUUCCUCUCAUUGACUGUGCCUCUUCAAAACUCUCAGGAUGUGGAACAUGUUUUACAGGCAUAUGCUGGUGGAAAUAAGAGAGUGGAUUCAGUGUACUGUGAUUACUGUAGGAGAAAGACAGGCAUUGAUAUUAAAACUGAGAUGAUCGAGUUUCCAAAACACAUGAUUGUUGAGUUGAAGAGAUCUGAGACGAGCACAUAUGGGUCAAGCUUCAGUAAAAAUGAAGUGAUCAUUCGUCCUCAUAUCAAGGUUUCCUGCCAUGAAUAUGAGCUCUAUGCUGUAGUAAACUACAGUAAAACACUUACCUGGACCGGACGUUAUAAUGCAGACAUCAAAUGUGAAGAUGAAAUCUGGCGUCGAUUUGAUGAUCGCAGUGUAUCACAGAGUCCUCUGAACAGCGUCUUCAUAAACGAGAGCUCCAUACUCAGGAGUUCAGAUCCCUGUUUACUCGUGUACAGACACAGAGAGCAAACAGCUGGAGACGCUGGAGAAGAUCAGAGACCCAGACGUAAUGAUCUUCCAUUGGCUGAACAGAAGAGCAGCUCCAGUCUGAGGAAGAAAUCAGACCAACAAUCACAGCUCCAGACUGAAGCACAGCAUCAGGGGUUAGAAGCUCACCAGGAGAGACUCAUAACACAAGUUCUGGAGGCUGUACAUGGAGUGACCCGUGAGGAGGCUGCAGUGGCACUAAAAGAGAAUCAGUGGAACUUCACACUUGCAGUACAACAACUGAAGGUAGAUCAGCUGUACAGAAUGACCCAGUCCUCUCGUGAGGAAUGCAAACAAAACCUAAUCUCUUUCAACUGGGACCUGCAGAGGAUUUUCAGUGUCCUUACUUCCCUGAAGAGUAAAAGGACACUACUGUGAAGAUAAAUACAGUUCAGAAAUCUAUAAAAACAGAACCACAGACUAAAAACACAAACUUUAAAACAUAUUUUAAACAAUUUUAGAACAAUUUUAAGACCAUUCAUAACUUAUCUUUAGUCUAAUUCAACCUUUAUGACACAAAAAUGCAUAUUCAGUUGUAAUUUAAUACACAAGUUAAAUUACACAACAAAACAAUCAUCCAAGAUUAUUUUUUAUCAAUGCUCUGCUGUGGAAACAAUUUUGCUUAUUAGGGUUCAAAUAAACUUAUGAUUUACAAUAUUUUGCUGAUAUGGGUUUUUAGUGCAAGCCAUUUAAUCUAUUUGAACAUUUUUGAUGUUUGAUUAUAUUAUUUUAGUCUGUUUCUCUCAUUCAUUCACACAACUGUACAGAAUAAGAAGAUCAGGGAAGCUGAUGCUUUUUAAAAUAUGCUGAUUAAGGCGAAUACAUCAAUGUUUAUAUUCUUCUGUUCAAAUUUUUCAUUUUCACUAACAGUUAUUGGUUUGUGCUUAAUAUACUUUACAAUGAGGAAAAAAGAAUGAUCUGUUUCAGAUGUUUCUUUGUAAACUUUUAAAUCAUCAAAAUAAAUGAAUAUUUGAUCAUUGAUGAAUGAAUGCUGAAUUAAUUUAAUAUAUAAAAUUCACAAAUGUAUAAAAUGAAUAAACAAAUAAAACAACAGACAAUAAUAUAUUAUAAACUUUAAGAUUAAUAGGUGACAGGUUAGUAUUUUUCAAUAGUACACACUGUUACUGCUAGGGCAGUGUGAUUAAUAGUAAAUUAUUGAUUUUGUCCUCCACAUAUAUUAUGAAUGUUAUAAGAUUCAUGUUUUCAAAGCACUGAAAAUGAAAAUAUGAUACUCUAAAUAUGAAACAGGCAGCAAGUCUGAAUGAGUGAGUCAUUGAGUCUUUCAUUCAAACGAUUCGUUCGAAUGGCUGAUUGAAUCAUGAUUGAUUAUUAUGGGGUGUUCACACCAGAUGCGACUUGUGUGAAUAAAUCUGAUUAUCUGAUAAAAAAUUAAAAAUCUGUUUGAACGUGUUAGUAUCAUUGGCUGCUGAAAACCGUUCCUGUGAGCUUAAGGGGUGUAACCCUUGGUAGGAUGCCACCAUUUAACAUGCUAGAUCAGCUGAAUCAGUCUUUUUAUUUUGUCUUUUCUGUAUAACCUAUGGAAAUAAUAUUUAAAUUGCCGUUUUAUGAAAAAUUAGAUUUAAUUUUUCCACUUGUGCCUUUUCUUUUCUUGUCUUUUUUUACCCGUAGCC